AUGGAAUUUGACACGGUACUAGAAGCUAAAGACUUCUGGAAAAGUUAUGGUGGAAUGAUGGGUUUUGAUAUUCGACAAUUGUAUGCAAAUAAAUGCAAGCUUGAUAAUUCUGUAAGUAGUUUUAGACUUGUUUGUGCAAAGGAAGGCCAACGAAGACCAGAUAAACGGGAUCAUUUAACAAAGCAACCUCGCGCCGAGACUAGAACAAGUUGCCAAGUAAGAAUGUUACUCAAGUUUGCUCGAGAUAUAAAAAAAUAUGUGAUUUGUGACCUUGAGUUAAAUCACAAUCAUAUUUUGCAAAUUCCGAAAACCAGUCAUAUGAUGCCAUCACAAAGAAAGAUUUCAGAAGUACAAGCAUUGCAAAUAGAUUUGGCAGAUGAAGCUGGCAUAAGACCAAAGGAAACACAUGAACUAACAAGUUUACAAGCUGGUGGUAAAGAUGUCCUUGGAUAUACCAAACAAGACCAAAAGAACUAUCUUCGAAGCAAAUGA